CUCGCUGUGUAUGAGUUCAGUUCCUCUGCGCUGAUCAAGAUGAAGCUGUGUCUGAUUUUCGUCUCGUCAGCUCUUCUCUACACCAAGGCUAAAUUUAAGCACAGGGACCUCGGAUUAACCCUGUGCUCUGAUACAGAGAAAGAGGAGAUGUACGGACUGGAUGGAGAAGAAAAGUGGCACGCGGACUUCAGUGAGGGGAAAGGAGUGAUGACACUGCCAGACUUCGCAGAUCCUACAUCAUUUGAAGAAGGUUACUAUGAGAUGGCUGUUGCUAAUGUGGACAUCUGUAAACAAAACUUGGCUUCUUGUGUAAAAGCUUACCACUACCCUGCAGAACCGAAAGUUGCCCCCCAAACCUCCGUCUACUCCAAGGACGAUGUGGAGCUGGGCUCUAGAAACACCCUCAUCUGUCACCUUACUGGAUUCUACCCCUCACGUGUUGGAGUGUCGUGGACUAAGAACAACGUCAAUGUGACAGAUGGAGUUACUCUGAGCAGACGUUACCCUAAUUAUGAUGGGACUUUCAACCUGGUCUCACGCCUGAGCUUCACUCCAGAGGAGGGCGACAUCUACGCCUGCACCGUGGAGCACACGGCCCUGGACAGACCACUGACCAAAACAUGGGAUGUGCAGGACACCUUGCCAGGUGUGGGCCUGUCUGUGUACUGUGGAGUGGGUCUGGCUGCUGGAGUGCUGGGAGUCGCUGCUGGAACUUUCUUCCUUGUCAAAGGAAACAACUUUAACUGAGAGUCUGACUGCAAACAUCACAGAGAACAGGAUGAUUAGCAUGUUUGUGCAGUUUUUACUCUCCAUUCUGUCGUUGUUGAAACAUUCUAUACCAUGUUGUCAUGCUGUAAUUUAGGCCUAGUGUAAUCAAGUCUUUGUUAGUCUAUUGUCCACCUAAAUUUUAUAAAACUAACAAUGUAAAAAUGUGACAUUUUAUACUUCCAGAGUACUGUGCUCACAUACCGCUGACUUAAAAUGACUUAGUUGACCUAAUUUUAUAAUAACCUGUUUGAGUAAUAUGUUUUUGUCCUGUAAGCUGAUGAUUAUUGUCACGAUUGGCCCCUCCCAGUCAUCCAUGUGCUUUUGUUUUGGUUUCAGUCUUCCAUGUGCUUUUGUUUACUUGUCCAUGUGCUUUCUUUGUUUUGAUUCUUCCCUGUCCUGCCCUCUUGUUUCUUGACUCCGCCCCUAAUUGUAACCACCUGUUUUCCACCUGUGUCAUGUGAACUGUUGUUAUCCCUGUUGUAUUUGAGCUCCGUGUUUUCCUUAGUCCCUUGCUGGUCUGUGUUUGUGUAGUUCUGUGUUUCUGUUCAUUAUGUCAUUAUGUCUGUACCUCGAUCUCUCAGUUUUGGUUCCUUGACCCUGGACUGUUCUGACCCCGAAUCUGGAUUGGCCCUGAAUAAAUCUCAUUUAUCUCCGCA